AUGGUAUCACUAGAGCAACUGGAUCUAUCAUACAAUCAGCUUUAUGGAGAGUUGCCAGCGUGGCUAGGCGAUAUGACAGUGCUACGACUAUUAAAUGUUGCGGAGAAUAAUCUCACAGGAGACAUUCCAACGUCUUUUGCUGGCAAUGAUGCCCUCGAGCUCAUAAUCUUUUCCGGAAAUGGUCUCUCCGCGUCAACAGUCCAUUUUUUCGACGCGUUCCAUCGUCUCCAAUACCUUGACCUCUCGUCUAACAAGUUUGCGAUCGAGCUAUCAAGAACCUUGUUUUCAAGUCCAUUUUUGCGAACGAUAAACCUUAGCCACAAUGCAUUCUACGGACAGUUCAUCCAGUUGCCCAUUCUCCACUUCCUUGAGACGUUUGAUGUGUCCUCGAAUUUACUCAUGGGUUCUGUUCCGUUGCAAAUUUCGUCAUGGGGACGCGAGGACCCACAUGAUCCGGAUGAGAUCUCUUCACUAAUCACGCUCAACUUGUCCAACAAUUUCUUCACGGGUACCCUGCCUUUGCUAUCGAACCAGUCAGUGUUGCAACAAUUGGAUGUUCAUAAUAAUUUGUUCAGUGGCGUCCUUCCCGACUUUCCUUCUUCAUUACUCGACUUCAUCAAGCCUUCCAUGUUUGACGGAAAUGCAUUUCUGUGUCCAAUGCCUACUGCGCUACUACCGAGUAACCUCACGUGUGUUUGCGGCGAUGGACAUACCAUCACGUCGGAUAUUGUUGAAUCAUCGAGGCACGACAAAGGUGCCAAACGAGUGUUUGCCAACCAAGCUAUCGAUCUUUGUGUUCCAUGUGGUGAAGGCUUGUUCUCCAACGCAACAACAAAUCAUAAGUGCGUUGCGUGUCCCGUGGGAGCCGUGCCGAGUAGCAAGGGUUACUAUUGCAAACCUUGUCUUCCUGGCAGCUUUUCCAAUGCAAGUGGCACACAAUUUUGCUCACCAUGUUCUCCAGGAACAUUUGCAGCUGGCAAUGGUACGACAUCGUGUAGUGCAUGCAACCCAGGACAAUUUGCAGCAAAACAAGGCUGGACAAAGUGUCUUGAGUGUCCUGUAGGAACCUUCUCUAGAUCAAAAGGAGAGACAGUGUGCACACCAUGCCCAGCAGGAACUUAUGCGAGUGCUCAAGGAGAAGCGGAAUGUCUGAUGUGCUCGAAAGGAACGUAUCAAGAUGUGGCUGGAUCGACGGAGUGCAAGGCUUGCCCACGUGGAUAUAUUGCGCCUCACCAUGGUCAUGUAAAAUGCUUGCCAUGCUCCCCAGGCAGUUUUUACGACACUAUUCGCAUCACAUGUACGCUUUGCCGUCCAGGCACAUUCACCGGGACACCGGCGCAAACUGAGUGCAUCAAGUGCGAUAAUGGCACCGUUGCGGAGGGCUAUGGGAAUGACAAAUGUCUUCAUGUAGCAAGCCCCGGAUUCGGAUAUUCAGUUACGGGGACUGCACUGAAGUGUGAGCCUGGAACAUAUAACGAUGGUGCAUGGAGAACUUGUCAGCCGUGCCCACGAGGGACAUUUGCAGCCGGCAUUGGUUCUCGAAUGUGCUUAUCGUGUGCCAAAGGCAGCUUUGCAUUCAACAAAGGAUCAUCAUACUGUGCUAUGGCUCCUUCUGGCUCGUUCGUUCCAUUGGAAGGUGCAGUUCGAGCAGAAUUGUGUCCACCAAACCACAUUACCGCUACAACUGGAUCCAUAACGUGCAUUCAGUGCACACUGCCAUCAUUUAGCUUUUUGCCUGGUGGUACUAGAUGCAUUCAUGCUAAGCUUGGAGAAGCAUACGAGCACGUGAAAUGGCCUCGCUUAGUUCUCGACUUGGUCGGUGUUGAGCAACACGAAUUGCUAACGAAACGUGGAGAGAGUCUACCACUUGAUGUACUGAUUCAGACUUGGACUGAUACAUUAACAAACUCUUUGGGUUUCACUUGUAACCUACACGUGUUACAAGUCCAUCAACCUCCGGAGUCCAGUAGUUUCACAAAGAUCAUUGUAGCUGUGGAGAUGGAAACAACGUUAUUAUCGCCCAUGACAGAUCUCGAUCCUAGAUUGGUUAUGAAAGGAGGUAGGGAUGAUCAAGAUCGAGCUACGAAGACUGUUAUAAAUGCAUUGGAUGAGUUAUUGAAUGAAUUCAAUGGAUCAAAUGACGAUGGCAAAGAAUUCGAUGGUGAUCAAGUGAUGACUGAUCUUAUAAGUUUACAGUCCUUUCAAGAUACUUUAGUCCGACAAUGGCAUCACAUGGAGUCUGUCACAUCUCAAAUGAGUUCAUUGAAUCUGGUCAACAUUUCAAUUGACAACGUGCCAUUUGUGUCAACUCGCGCAGUGGCGUGUAGAGCAGGAACUUUUUCUAUUGUCCUUGAUACAUCCGAGAGAACGUGUCAAGCGUGUCCUAAGGGGUUUUACUCAUUUACUACUGGUGCUUUAGAGUGUACACCAUGUCCUCAAGGAACUUAUUCAGCAGCUACAGGAUCAACAAUAUGCAACUUAUGUCCAUCAGGUGCUGAUGCAGCACCAGGUGCUCAUGCUUGUGUGGAAUGUUUAUGGUUCACAUAUGCAUGUCAAGGCUUUUGGCAAGAUUUAAUGAUUGCUAGUGGAAUUACUAUUGGUCUCAUUUGGAUACUGUACAACAAAAUACAUCGAAUAUGUAUGGGCAAUGGAGCUCAGCAAGAACAAGACGAUGAGAGGAUGAUAGCAUUAAUGACAGCUGUUCGGACUCAUGGUCGUACUUUAGAUCGUGUCCGGUAUGCCCCAAUGGGUGAGAUUUCAGCUGAUACAAUGUUUGGGAUUCUACUUCCUAUUCUUCCAAAUCCUGAAACCCCCUGA